UUAAAAAAAAUCAGAGUUGAGUCCUAUUUACCUGAACCAGAAAUGAUUAGAAUUGGAGUUCCGGGUUUGGUAAACGAAUUUAUAAUACGGGAAAGUCCCUAGUUAAGUGUAAAGUUUGUUCAAAUAAAAAGGUACAUAGUUGAAGUGAUUCUUUCCAAAAUUUUAAUGGAUUUAGGAACAGUGGGUAGCUAAUAAUAUACGUUAAUACCAAAGGCUUCUUCCCGCAGGGAGAAGGUUUGAACAUUAAUUACCACGCUUGCUCAAUGCGGGUUGGCGAUAUCUUGAAAACUUAUAAUUAGAAAUUAUAAGUCUAAGUUUUCUCACGAUGUUUCCCUUCACCAUUUGUUAGAGGUGUCUUUAUAAUCUUAGAAAGUAUAUAUACCAACUACUAACUAAUAACGGCACUUGCCGUUGGUAGGUUUCAAACACGCAUAAGAAGCAGGCGUCUUACGGCCAUUUUCUAUAACCUAUCUAUCUUUAAAUUUGCUUACUGAAUACUAACACAAGCUCCGUACAAAAUGUGUCGAAAUUCUAUUUCAUUAUCCAAAUCUACACAUAGAUAGGUUAUAGAAAAUGGCCGUUAAACCUCCGUCAUCUUAAACCUUGGAAAGUUGGCAGGUACCCAAUAAUAAGAGGGUAGGUAACUGAUAAUCGUAUGUAUCUACGUGCAAGAUUUUUUUUAUUAUAUGUAGGUAAGUAUUCGUAGCUCGAUUAAUGUAUUUUGAAACCAGCCAACCUAGACGAUAAAAUCGAGCGUUGUCUAUUCUAUAGUUUAUGUCAAAGUCAUUUUGACAUUGUGCUUGUGAAUUUGUGAAGUGCGCUGUAUUCAAGAGACGCUGGUAAAUAUUAUUCUUUUCAAUACAUACAUAGAUCACAAUUAAUACCUAUCAAAUUUUGAACUCAAUCAUUCACUUCCUGUCACUUUAAUAAUAUGAGCACACUUGGGUGCACAUUAUUAAAGUGCUAAGUAUUGAUAGCACCUAGGUAUAGAAGUUUCCAAUUUCCAAGUUAGAAAUGGAGCCAAGAUUGAGAGCUACUAUGGAACAAUUUUUGGUUCUUAUAGACUUUAUGGAAAGGCACGGAGAUCUAUCGAAACCUGCGCCAGGGCUUAUAGGACGAAAUAAUUGUGAGUUGCUGUGGAUGCAAUUAACAAAAAUAUUAAAUUCUAUUCCUGGUGGUGUUCAGAAACCAUCAGAUAAAUGGAAAAAAGUAUGGGCCGACUGGAAAACGAAAACUAAAAAAAAAUAUAUAAACAAAUGUGAUGGUUCAGGUCGUUUUGUUAAAAUAACUGCGUUAGAAGAAAGAGUGGUGGCAGUCAUGGGAGUAACUAAAAAAUUUGAUCAAAUUGUCAUUCAAGAGCAAGACUACAAGAUUGAGAGUGCUACUGAACUGUUACCGGGCCCUAGUAAUACUGAUGAUAUUGUGCUGGAGAACCACAGCAACCAGAAUAUUGUGACACCUGACAUAUAUGUGAUACAGUCACCACAAGUAAAGGAAGAAACAAUACUGGUUACACCAGCAUCACUCCCAUCACUGUCACCACCACCAUCCCAAACCCAUACUUUUAUAGAGCAAAAUAACAGACAGCCUGUAUCAUCUUCUCAAUUCUCGACAACUUCACGACGAGCUACAGUUACACGAAGAAAUAGAAGACUCCAUACACCUUUUGAACGGGUGGCAGAACAAUUUGCAGCCAUUGAGCGAAGGCGACUCAUGUAUGAAGAGGAGAGAGACAAGCGCCUUCAUGAGAGAGAGAUGGAAAGGAUAAAACUGGAAGCUGAGAGAUUAAGAUUAGAAACAGAGAGGCUAGAAGUUACUCGCGAACAAACCUCAUUGUUACAUCAGUUGAGCCAUCUCGGCCAACGUCUGAUUGAAGUAAUGACAGAGCAGCAAUCUGCUAGCCUACUGUCAACUGACCCUGAGAGGUAGUCAAUUAGAUAAGUUAUUUUGAAAUAAGUAAAUUUAUUUUUAUUUAAUUUAAACUUUAUGGUAAUUCCUAUCUUGUUGUUGCUAGGUAUUAUCACUUACAUACUAAACAAUUGUCAUGUUAUUAUUAAUAAUAAAAAAUAUUUUUAUGUUAUUGAAAGUUAGUUUUAGUGGCCAUUCUUACCUUUCUCAUAAGUACUGGUAUGAAUAUCACAUCAACAUGUUCAGCUAUGUCAACCAGUAAAACUUUAAGAUAAAUAUUGCCUAUUAACUUUAAGAUAUUAUUGUUACCAAUGCCAUACAUUCUGUUGUUAAUUUGCUAUAUCUCAAUAUUCAUCCACACACAUAUCCACAACUAAAUCAACAGUUGGUAGAAUAUUUGCUGUGAGGAAACAAAUCGCAUUUUAAGAAUUAAUUAUAUGUUGAACUUUUCUAUUUGUCUAAUAUUUGUGUUACUUGCCCUCAAGUCUAUGGCCAUGGCCCUUUAUAACUAAUAACACCAUCAUCACCAAGUUUUACAGUAUUACUGUGGCAAAAUUUAACGAAAUCACGUUUAGAUAAUUAUGAAUAACAAUAUUAUGAU